AUGGAUCGUUGGUGUUAUAUUAUCAGUCUUCUGAUAUAUCUCUUCUGGUCAUCGAUCUAUGCUUCAAAUGACUGGUCAACAUUUGAAGCACGUGAUAUUUAUCCGGCUGUUGAUAAAAGUGAUUGUGUAUUUCCAUUUAAAUACAAUAAUACACUUUAUAAUGAUUGUACAACUGAUGGAAAUAAUGGAGAUUUGCCAUGGUGUUCAUUAACAAGCGAUUACCAGGGUUUAUUUACUUAUUGUUAUGAUUUUUGGAAGUCAACUUUAGAAUGUGUUAUCCCAUUUUCAAUUAAUGGAAAAAACUUUGACAAAUGUGAUUAUUUAUCUAAAAUAGCACCGUACAAACAAUGUAAAACAAAUCAUCCCAAGAUUAAAUAUCGUUAUUGUAUAGAAGAACAUGUUAAAAAAAGUGGAAAACCCUUAAUGCGUCUGAGUACAUGCGAUCCAGCAUAUAAAAACUUGUCUCCUUUUCAUACAAAAUGUAUGGGACCAAGUGAUUUUGCAAUUCCAAUUCCAAUAAAUGAAACUGAAAAACAACAACUUCUUGCCAAACAUAAUGAAUAUCGUGCAGCUGUUCCAUCCAGAUACAUGUUCAAACUCUAUUGGGAUGAUGAAUUAGCUAAGCUUGCUCAAGCUCAUUCGGAUAUGUGUGCUUUUGAUCAUGAUCUAGCCGCCAAUCGUUUAAGUCCAAAAUUUAGUUGGAAAAACGGACAAAAUAUGGUUGUAUCAGAUGAUGUUCGUUGUUCUUUAGUUAAUCUAUUAGAUAGAAUGCUUGGUAGUGAAAAACCCUAUUUCAAAUAUGGUACAGGAUGUUCUUCAAAUCCAGGUGCAUGUUUACAUUAUACACAAGCAAUGUUAAGUAAUAUGACACGUGUUGGUUGUGCUCAUACACAUUGUAUUUAUCCUGAUCGUAUUGAACGUUUUUUAACAUGUAAUUAUAUUCAUUCACAAUAUCAAGAUAAUUAUAAAACUCCAUAUGUACCAAGUGAUGUUCCUGCUGUUGAUUGUCCAUCAAAAACUAAUAACAAGUUAUGUGAUUGUGGUGAUAAAAUUUGUAAUUAUGAUAAUGGUGAAUAUCUUGAACCAAAUACAUGUACGUGCAAAAAAUCAGUAAGCAAACGAUCCAUUAACAAACGUGAUACUGAUGAUGAUGAAAUAAAAAAUUAUGCGAAACCAUUUGUAGCUGUACCAAGUGGAAACAAUGUAGAAUUACGUAUGCCUAAAAAACGAAGUUUCAACAUUAUUUCACAAAGUGAAUUGGAUAACAAAAAUUCUGAAACAAAGUUCAAGGUUAAUCAAGAAGAACAAAACGAAGUAUUACAUAAUAUUCAUGCAAUUGAAGCCAAUUUGCUACAUCAUUAA